AUGUUGUAUCCUACUACAUUUCUUCUUCUUUUCUCAAUAAUCACGCCUUCGAUUUCUCUUCGGAUUCUUCAAAUUGUACCCGGAUUUACGAAUUCUCAUGUUCUUUUCAACUACAGAUUGGCUGAAACACUUAGAUAUCUGGGACACGAUGUAAAGAUGUGGACUCAAAUGGAAAUGGCCAUGCUUGACACGGGAAAUAACAAACUUCCAGAAGGUGUCACUGAGUACAGAAUUCCUAUUCAUUUUACGGAUACAUUGAAAACUGAAGGACUGAAAGUAUUUCAAUCGAUGAUGUUCGAAUCGGGGGACGCUCAUGACCUCUGGUGGACAGGCCAAGAAUUCAAGGAUAUGCGAGUAGAGGCAUGUGAACAGAUGCUUCGACACGAUGAAAAAGUGUAUGAAGACUUCCGAAAAGAUGGUUUCGAUGUGGCAAUUGCUCAUUUUCAUGACUUGUGUCCUCUUGCGAUUGCGAAGAAAAUGAAUGUGAAAAGAGUUAUCUGGAUCACCCACGGAACGUCAAUUUAUGAUUUCUCAGCAGUCGAACUUGGUCUUCGAACGAUUCCAUCAACAAUUCCACAUCCACUUUCAUCAGCUGGUUUCGCUCAAUCAUUCAUUGACAGAGUUCAAAACACACUCUGGCAUUUAUCAUUACUGGAUUUUGUGAAUCUCCCUCAAAACCUUCUUAUCGAUGAAAACUUGUUUUAUAGAGAAUUCGUCGGACUCGAUCAAGAGGAUUUAUGGGAUUUGGCGAAGAGCACGGUGCCUUCUUUGCUCAUAAACGGAGAUCGAAUGCUUGAUUUCCCUCGUCCUCUUCCAGUUCAUAUCGCAUUUUCGGGAGAAUUGGGAGUUCGAAAGGGAAAAAAGGCAGUUAUGGAGAAGUGGUUAGAGGAAAUAAUUGAGAAACCAUCAGAUGGAUUGAUUGUUUUUUCAUUGGGAACAGUUUCGAAUACUACUAAUAUGCCAGCGCAAAUGAUUAACUCGUUCCUCGGUGCAUUCGGAAAACUGAAAACUUACACUAUUUUAUGGAGAAUGGAGAAAUCAGUGGCUGGAGCUGAGAAAUAUGAUAACUUGCAUUUAGUGAAAUGGCUUCCACAAAAAGACAUAAUGAGACAUCCAAAAAUGAAAUUAAUGAUUGCUCAUGGAGGAUACAACUCAUUUUUGGAAGCUGCUCAGGCAGGAAUUCCAGCAGUGUUGAUGCCACUGUUCGCAGAUCAAAAGAUCAAUGCAAAGAGAGCUCAAAGAUUCGGAAUGGCAACAGUGUUGGACAAAUUGGAUUUGACAGUGGAUAAGGUUUAUGGAGCAGUCAAAGAGGCAUUGAAACCAGAGUAA